GGCACACAUGGAUGAAGAUGAAGAUAUAAAGAUUGUUACAUUACUACCUGCUGAUAAAGAAUACCAAUACGUUGUACAAAAAUUCCAGACGAACAUGGCAGGAUAUUAUAACAGUAUAAUAAAGAUAGAGAAAAUACAGAACAGAAAUUUACAGCUACUAUAUCUAAAUAAGAAAGAGUCAAUGGAUUCUACAAAUAGUACAGGAAUUAAUAAUGAACGUAUUCUUUGGCACGGCACAAACAUGGAUGCAGUUGAUAGCAUUAAAACAUACGGAUUUAACAGAAGUUAUUGUGGAAAGAAUGCUGUGGCAUAUGGUAAUGGAGUAUACUUUGCUGUCAAUCCAACUUAUUCUGCACAAGCUCAGUAUGCUCGUCCUGAUCCUAAUGGUAACAAGAGGAUGUACAUGUGUAAAGUUCUUGUAGGAGAAUUUACCAAAGGACAGGGUGGCAUUAGAGUACCACCACCUAAGCCCGGAGCUGCUGGUGGUCAUAUUUUAUAUGACAGUGUUGUUGACAAUCCUCAUCGUCCUGGCAUCUUUGUUAUAUUCUCUGACAGCCAGGCUUAUCCUGAAUACCUCAUUGUGUUCAAAUGA